AUGUUGAGAGAACAUUCAGGAAAAGGAGCUGCUCUGGCCAAGAGAGGUGCUUUCUCCUGGAAUGAAACACAAGCCAAACGCAUAUCAGAGGGCCUUCAGGACCUGUUUGGCAACAUCUCUCAGCUUAUUGAUAAAGGUUACCCCACUGAUGUCUCCACAGUGGUCUCUCACAAGGAGUGGGGGGCAGAAGCUGUUGGCUGCAGCACUCCACUGACCAGGCCUGUGGAUUUCUUUGUCACACACCAUGUCCCUGGACUGGAGUGUCACAACCGGACUGCAUGUAGUCAGAGGCUGUGGGAACUCUGGGACCAUCAUGUGCACAACAACAGCUGGUGUGACGUGGCCUACAACUUCCUGGUUGGAGACGAUGGCAGGGUAUAUGAAGGUGUUGGCUGGAACAUCCAAGGCAUGCACACCCAGGGCUACAACCACAUCUCCCUGGGCUUUGCUUUCUUUGGCACCAAGGAAGGCCACAGUCCUAGCCCUGCUGCCCUGUCAGCCAUGGAAGGUCUGAUCUCCUAUGCAAUCCAGAAGGGCCACCUGUCCUCCAUGUAUGUUCAGCCACUUCUUGUGAAAGGUGAAAACUGCCUGGCCCCUCUGCAGAAGGCAAGUCCUAAGAAAGCUUGCUCCAACAUUGUCCCUCGAUCUGCAUGGGAGGCCAGGAAGACGCACUGUCCCAAGAUGAAGCUCCCAGCUAAGUAUGUUGUCAUUUUCCACACCGCUGGGAGAACCUGCAUCAUGUCUGAUGAGUGCCACCUGCUGGUCCAAGAUAUCCAGUCCUUCUUCAUAGACAGAUUGAAUUCAUGUGACAUUGGGUAUAACUUCCUUGUGGGGCAGGAUGGUGUCAUUUAUGAAGGAGUGGGCUGGAAUGUCCAAGGCUCCCGUGCUCCUGGCUACAAUGACAUUGCCCUGGGCAUUGCCUUCAUGGGGACCUUCUUGGGUACCCCACCCAAUGCUGCAGCCCUGGAGGCAGCCCAGAACCUGAUCCAGUGUGCAGUGGACAAGGGGUAUUUAACUCCCAACUACCUGCUGGUGGGACACAGUGAUAUUGUCAAUACCCUGUCUCCUGGGGAAGCUUUGUACAACAUCAUUAAGACUUGGCCUCAUUUCAAACACUGA